AUGGUCACUUCAUAUAACGAUUCAGUUGAUCAAAGCAUUCCAACUUCAGUCACUAUAAUUAUUGUAAUUGUUUCCAUGCUUGAUCUUCUCUUUCUUAUUGCAUGUAUGGUGUUUAUUAUAUGUCGAAUCAAACAUUGUAAUCGACCAAGCAACAAAAUAGUAGCUGGUCAAAUUCUUCAGCAAUAUUCAACAAGUCCAAAUCAUUCACCAGAAGAUUCACCAGCAUAUUUAACAUUCUAUUCAUUUCAUUCUUCUUCUGGACUCGAAUUUAAUAAAGCAUCUAUACUAUGA